AUGGAAGAAAUGCUGGAAAAGAUAAGCAAAACGUAUUGCAAAAAAAACAAAAUCAGAAGUAAAGAUAGAGAGAAAUGUCUGGAGCAAAAGUUGAGUGCAUUCCUACAGGCAUAUGCCACCUCAGAUGACCCCUACGAGAAAAAAGUCCUAUACAUUUUAUUGAAGUUCAACUGUGAGGAGAGGAAUGUACAGAUAGACGACGUCUUACGAAGGUUUUACCUCCAUCACUUGAAGGACUCAAAACUUGUCUUCAUGAAAGACCUGAUCGCACUAGCGAGUUUCGGAAUUUUACCUGGGGCUAUUACCUGGGCAGCUAUGUAA